GGUCUUGUCGGGAAAGUGACAUGGCAACUGUAAGUUUGUUCCAUUAAUCCGAAGCAUUAUUCAGCGAAUGCCGGUAAUCCCUCUAAUCCCUCCUCCCAUCAUCUAUCUGAUUAGUCACCCUAUCGUACUCGAACUCUCGAGAGCAAAACCGCGCGCCCCGAAAAAUCCCCCACUUUUCGUUGCUCUUUCAGGCCGCCUAGUAUCCCAGUUACGGAAGCGUGCAUAUGUAUGAUACCGUACCGUUCUGUACUGUACAUGUAAAUUGUAAUUGUUGGUUCGUCAGAUUUACCUGAACAGUAAAUGAGGGGGAGACCGUGCAGCGCAUCCACGGUAUCACCCGUAUCCCGAAUGGCCUUGGGACGAGCAGGAUCGGCAUCUUGUAGUGGCAAACAACACUUGUAGUCCUACAGGCAAACAAACGGGCCCGAACUACGGUACUGUACGAAGUACGUACCGUACCCUGCUUGGGACCGAGAUGAGAAAUAAUAACGAACAAAAGAACCCUCAGUUCGCCGGUCCUGAGCCACUUCUCCCCGGCGAUCAUUGAUUCUUCGAACGCUGCGGGGCGGCUGAUCGGCGAAGUCUCGCCACAAGGGCACGCCUCUCCCGGUUAGAGUUCCCUCUUAAUCCAUCUUGCUACGGUAUUUGUCAGCCCCACCGUGCCACCCUCCCACUUUCAAUUUCGUUGUCCACUGCAACAGCACUCGUAAUCGAGUAUUCCUUUCCUUUAAACCCCUAUUUAAACACCUCCAGCCCUCCUCUGUCCUGCUUUCUAAAGGACAAACCCACUCGCCCGCCAUAGCUUCAAUAUUCCGUCGUUCCUUCUUUGCAUCUCCUAGAUCACCAGUCAUGUCUGCCACUCCUAAACAGAAAGUCCAAGCUAUCAUCGACGAGCACCCCGUUGGUAUGCAAACAGCUUUCAUCCCUCUCUUCUCAUACUUCCCGUUUGUCUUCACGUUCGGUUUGCUAACAGGGGAGCUCCUGGCAUAGCCGUCUUUUCCAAAUCCUACUGUCCCUAUUGCCGUGCCAGUAAAGAAACCCUCACAGAAAUAGGUGCAAAGUUUUACGUGGUAGAGUUGGAUCAAGUCGGUGAGUAUUGCUUAGCAUUACGUACCGUCAUGCUCAAUGAUCGUUGACAACGUGAUUGUGGAAAACAGACGAUGGGGCCGAUCUCCAGGACGCUCUCCAGGAGAUCAAUGGUCAGAGGACUGUCCCCAACAUUUACAUCGGCAAGAAGCACGUCGGUGGGAACAGCGAUUUGCAGGGGAAAAGAUCCGAGCUACCAACCUUGCUAAAGGCAGCAGGAGCGGUUUAGAGGGUUUCGUUUCGGUCUCUUAGAUGGUGAUAGAAAGCAAAUGAUGAGCCUUGAUCAUGAUGUCUUAGAGGGCAAAUAGGCUACUCUUUUUUUCUGCUCAUGCGCGUGUUUUCUUUAUUAGAGCUAGGCAAAUUGCAAAUGCUGUCGUAACUCUGCUUGGCUGUUAACCUCG